UAAAUGGUGUUGCUCAAGGAUAUAUAAGAGAGAGGGAAAGUUGCUAGUGGCAUUCACCCUCGUCCGCCUUGGUUUUCACUCUCCUCAACGCAACUCAAAGACUAAAACAUGGCCUGUGCUGGUGUUGUUGAUGCUGCUGCACUCAAAGCAGCUCUGGACGGCUGCGCAGCUGCUGAGUCUUUCAACCACAAGACGUUCUUCAAGGCAUGCGGCAUGUCCAGCAAGUCUGCCGAAGAGGUAAAGAAGGCCUUCCUAAUCAUUGACCAAGACAACAGCGGCUUCAUUGAGGAGGAGGAGCUGACACUGUUCCUGCAGAACUUCUCUGCUAGUGCCAGAGCACUCACUGACAAGGAAACCAAGGCUUUCCUCGCCGCUGGUGACAGUGAUGGUGAUGGCAAGAUCGGUAUUGAAGAGUUUGCCAUGCUUGUAAAAGGAUAAAUAUCCGUUGACCAAGAUCCAAUUCUUUUCAUGGAACAGCAAACGCCUUGCAAGAUCAGUGAUCAUCAGCUGAAAGAAUAUUUUUUUAUACCUUAUGUACAUGAAACACAUAUUUUACUGUGAAUGUUACUCAGAUGUGUCAAAUGUUCUGAAGCAUGACUUGUGGAAACUGUACAACACCAUCUGCACUUUUGAGGAAGAGUGAAAAACUAGGAAUAAAUACACUUUUGGUGUAAAAUCA